AUGGCAAAGGCUAUUGCCCUCAUCGCCUCUGCCCUCUGCAUCCUGGCCCUUGCAGGUUUUGCACAAUGCCACCAAACAGAACAACUUUUCAAUGUUGAGGGCAAGGUUUAUUGUGACACAUGUCGUGUCCAGUUCCACACGAAAAUCAGCCAAAACAUUCCAGAGGCCAAGGUGCGCUUGGAAUGCAGACACCGCCAGCUCGGGAAGAUCACUUACUCAGUCGAAGGUGUCACCGACGCCACCGGCCACUACAGCCUUCCAGUGGCCGGAGACCGUCAGGAAGACAUCUGCGAAGUGAUGGUCCUAGAGAGCCCCCAGGCCGACUGCAACGAGCCCAUGAAAGGGUUGGAUCGAGCCCGCGUUUUGUGCACUGAGAACGGUGGCAUGACCAGCAAGGUCCGCUAUGCCAACCCUCUCGGGUUCAUGAAGAAGGAGGCUCUCUGCGGCUGCAAGGAGGUCCUUGAUGCACUGGGUUUCUUGCCCAUUCAAUACUGAAG